AUAAUAUUGAUUAUUAAGUAAUAUAAUUUUAAAAUCUACUAACUUAAUACUUCAACAGUACAAAAAAGUAACAAAUCGUUAUUUUCGAAGUAACGGCAAUGGUAACACGCUACUUUAUGAAAUAAGUAACGAAUAACGGCAACGUGUUACUUUUUACACAAAGUAACGAUAAUGGUAACGCGUUACUGUUUUAAAGUAACGUUUCCAACCUUGUAUCACAUAAUUAUAAAUUUUUUAGCAUAUGUAUUUAUAAUAAUACUUUUAUGCAAAAAAUGAAGGUUCCGCCGAGAUUUGAACUCAGAUCGCUGGAUUCAAAGUCCAGAAUGCUAACCAUUACACCACGGAACCUCUGUUUGAUCCUCAUUUGCAUAUUACAAAUUUAUUCGCAUUUUGAUAAUAAUUUCAUGUAAAAAAAUACAGGUCCCACCGAGAUUUGAACUCGGAUCGCUGGAUUCAGAGUCCAGAGUGCUAACCAUUACACCAUGGAACCUCUGUUUAAUCCUCAUUUGCAUAUUAUAAAUUUAUUGGCAUUUUGGUAAUAAUUUUAUACAAAAAAAUGAAGGUUCCGCCGAGAUUUGAACUCAGAUCGCUGGAUUCAAAGUCCAGAGUGCUAACCAUUACACCACGGAACCUCUGUUUAAUGCUCAUUUGCAUGUUGCAAAUUUAUUGGCAUUUUGAUAAUAAUUUCAUGAAAAAAAUAAAGGUUCCGCCGAGACUUGAACUCGGAUCGCUGGAUUCAAAGUCCAGAGUGCUAACCAUUACACCACGGAACCUUUUAUUUACUUCGUUUUUAUCAUUGAAUGAUUUUAGUAUGCACUUUUAUAAUUUAUAAGUGUAUCGUAUAAGUGCAGUGUAAGAGCACAAAAUAAAGACUCUGUUGCGGUUUAAAUUUGAAUCAAAUGCAGAAAUAAAUUUAGACCCUAAAAUCUUUCUCGGUCAAUGAUAUUAUUGUCAGAUUUACUAUUACUGUAUAAUAAUAUUUAAAAUAAAACUGCAAAAUUGAAUAUAUGAGUAUACUCACUUGCUUUAUACUCGUAUAAAGCAAGUGAAUUAUGAAAACCGAGAUAAAAAAUUUAAAUACAUCAAAUUAUCUUUUUUAUAUUUUUAAAAUCUUCUCUUCGCUAUAGCUGAGAUUCAUGUCCUUUAUAUACUAUUAGGAGCGGUCCAAUCCUCCACGAGGGUUGCGAAGUUCGUGACCGGACGAAAACAAUUAAUCAGGAACGCACGCGUGCGGUCCUUUGGCCAACGGUCUUGCGAAAACCACUCAAAUUAAUUUCAAGUCACAGCAUAUUCUUCGAUUUGACAUGUUCUCGAGUGACGUCCAAUCAGGGCCACCCCAUAUGAUCCACACGCGCGAGUACACAGCGUGUACACGAGAACAACGACCCACCCUCUCUCUCGCGCGCGCGGACCGGAAUUUGGCAACACCCCCGAGAUUCUAUUUCUGUUAUACUUUCCGUACAAUACUCCUCCUUACGGUUCGCUGAUCCUUGACUGACAGGAUACUCGUGACACUUGCGUGCGGGACAAUCGGGGAUACCAUAAGCACAGCGUGCUGUUACGCACAGUGAAUCCACAGUAGGUGCGGCGACGUCGUGCGGGAUGACAGCCAGCGAGCAAGUGCUAUUGUGAAAUCACUUUUAGAUUCGAUUUCGGGGAUGAUUCAGAAUAUCCGUACGGUACGACUCUUAAAUCUUGUACAUCCGCUCUCUUUUUUUUUUCAGUUUCCGAAGCUUCGACUAUUGACAAUGUGAUGAAAUCACGUUGCGAUCUCAUUUUGCCUUUAAUAUUUAUAUAGACAAAAAUAUGUUAAUUGUAUUAAAUUAUAUGUUCUUCUUUAUUAUCAAAGAACUUAAUCAAAAUAUCUUUAUUUUAAUAACAUAAUUUUAAUUAUACAGAUUGAGCUAAUAAUUAAUUUGAAAUGUGAUGUUAAAGUGUUAGUUAACUUAAGAUAAAUGGUCUUCUACAAUAAAAUAAUGGGUCAUUUUUUUUUAAGUCAGAAAGGGAUUUGAUUCGACCUACUUUUUUCAGCCAACGUAAUAUAGCGAGAUGCUCGAUUUAUUUAUCUUCCAUUCUGUCUUGCAAGCAACUUUACUCUCUCGUCAUAUUUGCUCAGUGAGUCCUGCGCGUAAUAAUUCUCCAGGAGUAGCAGAACUCCAUGUUAUCCCGGUCUACGAUUACAUCUUUAUGAUCUUAUAACGGUUCGUGCGCGUAAGGGAUUCUCCUUUUUUUAAUCCCCCGUUCGAUUGAAGGAAAGAACACGAGAAUCGUGUUUCCUGUGAGCGCAAGCUACUUCCCUCGGUUUCUCUUACCCUUGUGCAAAUUCGCUUUAUCGUCGCGACCGCCGUGGAAAGCCACGCGCCCCCUCGCACGGCGCGGAAGGACUUCGUUGUGUACACUUAUUUCACGCUUGGUGGAACGACAGGACUCGAAGGGAACAUCCUUUUCUCUUCACGAGACACGCAAAAUCGAAGAAAGCCGAGAUGGAAUAUCUUUCGGUGCACGAACCGUGAUAAAUUCAAGCGGUAAUACUUUCGAAAAUGGAUAACAAAAGUGAGAUUUUAAAAUCUAAAAGAUUAUUUGAAAGUAACUUAGACCUUUCUUCCCUUCACAUACACACGUUGUAAGUGUGUAUCUCGCAUGUAGAAUGAUAUCAAAGUACAACCAAAGUGCUUAGCGACAGAAGAUGCAUUUCGUCGUAUAAAGAGCCACAGCUCAAGAGACGCUUUAUCGUCGCUACGUUUUUUGUUUUUCACUAAUGAAUUUUUUACAUGAAUGAAUAAACGGUAUUUCGCAUUAUUCUCAAUCAGCGCGACUGUUCUGUCGCAAAGGCGAGGGAGGCUGCGAUAUCGGUGAAAGCAGAGCUAAAAUCGCGGUGAGAUCGGUGAGAAAUGCUGGGAAAUGGUAGCGAAAAGUGCAUCAGCAUGGGGGCUUUGCUGAUUUACGAGGAGUCGUUGCUAGGAGAGCAUUAAUAUCCGUGACGGAAUAUUAAACCGCGAGCGUCAAUGGGUAGAUCUUCAAAGGGAUUUUCAGGGUGUCAGGGACGAGAAAGGGAGAGACAGAAAAAGAAAGAAAGAUAGAGAGAGAGAGAGAGAGAGAGAGAGAGAGAGAGAGAAAGCUGCAUCCCCGCAAGAUUAUGAGAUUCUCGUUAAGUGUCACGUGUAAAGAGUUCUUUCAUACAUGGUCGAGCCAACCCCUGGGUAGCGUUGCUCGUGAAAUACCGUCAGAUAAAGGUGACAUGAAAAUUUAUCGAACGCACGGGGUUUUCAGAGAUUCGCUUUAAACUCCUCCCCCAAGCUCUGAUAUCCUGUGUACGAUGGAACGUAAGCUGGCUUACUUCGCCAGCGGUUUUACCGCGGUAAGCGAAAGAACAGAAAAUUGUGCGGAUGAAUGCGACUCGGAGCUGAAUUUAAAAAAGUGCUCGUUUUACGUGGAAUUAUUGUAAAAGUUUUAUCACGUUUCUGUAGAGACGUGUAAAUGGAAUUUCCCUAGACUUCGUACAAUGACGCAUUUACGCAAAGGUAUCAGUCAUAUUUUAUCGCAUAUUUCAGUUUUGCUUCUCGUAAUCUUUGAAUAUCGAUUACUUUUGUUGAUUCUCAAAUCGAGUGAGAAACGAUGAAAAUUUCCAAUGGAAAUUUUUUGCUUCGCCAAAUAAUCAGUAACUUUAUCCACUGCGAAACGCGAGCAAAGCAUUCGAGGAAAGACGGUUAAUGAGAUAAGAGAAGUGGACGUGGAAUCAGUUCCGGUAAUAACGAGGGAGCAUUUUUAUAACGAGGAUCGGCGUCGACCGCCUUCUCCUGAGGGACAGAAGCGAGACGUUCCUCGCUCGCUCGCGUUCGCCGCUCGCCCUCUGCCGCGCUCCGUCCCCUCGGCGCCGGUCGCGCGGGCGGGGACGGACUUAAUUAUCUAAUUAAUUAACCUCAAUCAGAACGAUGAGUAAUUUCUCGCUCGGAUGGCGCCUUUGCCGCCGAGACUUUCUCGUCGCGUUGACUGCGGGGAGCGAAUUACGGAUGAGCUCACGGCAAAUCGAUUAUGUCCCGAUGCUGUCGCCCCGAAACGGCGUGUCUCCGCCGCCGUAGCAGCUCACACACAAGAGAGGGUGAGUUCCUCCCGCCAGGAUCCACGAUCCUCCGGCGAUAUCCUGCUCUAGCUGGCCGACCAAUUCUCUUCCCCCGUGUCUCGUCCACCUUUAUCUUUGGCGCUUACGCUGAUCGCACGAUAACUCGUUCGUGAAGGGCGAUCGUGGUCGUUCGUCCUUCGUGUGGAGUUUGUCCUUCAACGCGGUGAAAAGCUUGGGUUGAUUCAGGGAAUUUUGGGUAAAAAAGAUAAAUGAAUAUUCUUGCGAAUCGCGACUGACCUCUACUUUCGUUAUAUUCCCAUAGAGUAAAAGAAAGAAUAAAUGUCAUAUUAAGUAAAAAAACGGAUCGCAUGAAUAACAGCGACAAGUAGAAGAUUCAUCUUGGAAACAAUUAUUUUCCAUUCCGAUAUCAAAUGUUGGUUCCAAAUUCCAGUGUCGCGUUUAUUUAACAACCACUUAAAUUGCCGAAUAAACUCUCCGAUUCCCCUCGUGCAAAAUAACAACGACCUUUUCGCGGCGGGUUCUCAAUUUCUAUUCUGGAUACCUCAGGUCGUUUCUCAAUCCCGUCUUUUCUCCGACAAAAGCACCCCCAAAGCUGCCAUCCAGCUGCACCCUGCGCGGCAGCACCGCCCCCAAUGUGUAACUGACGUUUUUGACGCGUCAAGUGGUUCCAUCGCGCUUCUACCUCGAGGGUCGCCGCGUUUAUCGGCUACUGUUUUACAUAAAUAUCCCCGGGAGGGUGAUGGAUCGGUGAGAGCGAAGCUGUGGACGUCGCGCGCGUUUCGACAGGACACGCAAACGCAUCGCGGAGAUUCCUCUAAGUGAUCUCAAGUGUUUUCGCAGUUGAUUCGCGCGUCAUAACGAUAUUCACCAUCCCGCGUCCGCUCGGUGCUUUUUAAGCUCCGUUUAACCCUGGCCUCGGGACCCGUCUAACUUGGAUAUUUAGUUAGUCAACCCUGCCCGCGAGGCGUCAUGAGAAACGACAAGUGGCUCGGUCUCGCCCCAGCUAGAGCCUGCCGAUGCUCGAGCGUAUCACCGGCUGUGUACAUAUUCGGGCGUAUGUCACGAUGACGCGCGUGUGUGUGGUUUGUCGUUGCAUACCGAGCGGUCUGUAUGCCUUUCAUGUGAUAAUCCUUGUGUAUUUAAUCGGAGGACGUCGAUGGAGCCGACUCGGUGCUUGACGUAAAAAGCAAACGAUCCCUCGUGGAUUAGUUCAUAAUUUGCUUUGAGCGUGGAGAACAGGAUAGAGGACGGAGCACUCGAACGCGGCGAACGCGGCGAACGCGACUUUUAACGAGUGUUUAUUCAACAGUUUAGAUUUUUUUUCCCUUCAACUUUGAUUCCUGCCGCUUUUCAAUAGUUACUAGAUAGUUACUCGUGACUCUAUUUAAGUUUCAGUUAAAUGUACCUUUCAGUUGUCGGUACUAGCUCCGUGACGAAAGUGCCUGCAUAGCGUAAAGUUGAAUUUAAUACCUGUACUAUCUUGCAGACCCUUGCUGAGAUGAGGCCGCGGAAUAGCACGUUUUAAUGAUGACGAUGUAGCGGUGCUGACAUUUGAAAUUUCGGUUCGUAAAAUUAUAAAGCGUCAUUUACAACGAAACUGCUCGCGUUAUAAUUAAAAUUCUCGUAAACGGGGAUUAUGAGUUGUGUCGUAUAAAAAUGAGAAAGAUUAUAGAUUGCACUUUAAGUUGUUAUACGUAUUUAAGUACGAUAAGCAUUAAGGACAGUUCGAGAAUGUAACACUUAUAUUAAUAACGGAUUAUAACAAUGAUAAGGAUAAUUAUGACCCCUAUAUGUUCUUUGCGCUGUCGCGCUUCCUAUCACUUAUCGAAAUUACGCUCUCUCUUAUCGCGGGAAUUAUUCGUACCACUCGUGUCGCAACCUCUGCAAUCGAUAAACGCGGCCAUCGCUAUAUGAAGUCACCUGCUUCAACACGCGCCUUCGCGCCUUAAUUAUGUUUGUAUGAAAGAGAUUACAUUAUCGCGAUCCCGCGAGGUGUUAUUAUACGAAUCCAUGCGGGGGAGAUAAUAUUCCGAUAAGAAAGCUUUUCAGAAGUUACGAUAUACCAAUGCAUAAAAUAUCGCAAUUUGAGAACCCUUAAAUGCAAAGCGUCAAACAAUCCGAUUUAAACGAUGGAAUUUUGAAAAUAAAAACUUUAUUAGCAUAAUUUUCUAAUAAAUUAAAAAUUUACGCGAUUCUUAUUAAAAAUUACUGGCUUAUCGCGCCAGCAUUCGUUAACAGAAUUUUUGAUGAAGAUGGUUUUGUUCCACGAAGUUUGCCACGGCUUUCCGCGAUAUUCCGCUAUUCACGAGUACUUUACGAGGCAGAUAUAAAUGAGACGCAUUCACACGAUGCUGUCAAAUCAUCCGGAAAUUCUCGUUCCACGUCUUAUCGCAGAGAUACGUCGCUAGACUUCCACGUUUGUUGGUUUGUUCGAGUUUCUCUGAUUUUCGUAACUCUUUACUUUGCUAAUGGAUUGCGCUCUCGAGAAUGUUCUCGCAGAGGCCGUGCUAUUUCUCUCAACUAUCGAGAUCUCAUCCGAUUUUGAAGUUUGUUGACAUUUACGAUCGUCAGUCGUUUAUACGAACGUACGUUUUGGAUAACUUUUACGUCUGCAUUUUGAUGUAUAUUUUAUUCUACAUAGCGCUGUGGUAUGCUAACAACAUAAUAAAACGAAUUGAAAAAUCAAAUCAGGAGAUGUCAAUGACAGUUGCAGAGAAUAAAACGAAAUUAAACAAAUUGGUUUUGUUAAAAACCAAGAAGGCGGAAUUUGAAGAAGUAAUCGUACGAACGACUGAUGCGCAAAAGGUGACUACAAAACAUUUAGAAGACGAAAUGCACAGGCUUAGCACAGAAUUAAUUACGACAUCCAAUAAAAUCACCGGAUUGGAAAAAGUCAUGGGAAAAAUGGUUUUUAGUACAAAUACCCAGACAAAUUACUUACAUGCUCAGCCGGUGCUAUCGACAGUGAAUAUCCAAAAGAAUUCAAAGGAGCUCCGAGCCCGUUCGAAAAGUUCAAGAUUCUCGAACCAUCAUUUCCACCGUCUGUGCCACCGGAACCUCCGCCUCGGAAGUACGGGACCUUUGUCAGCAGACCGCCUGGGCAGCGGAGAACGUCGUCUGCAGCUGCACCUGCGACUUCACCGCCAAAAAUCGGAUUCAAAUAACAGCGCUUCUGCAGAAGCGUCCUCCGAAUCUCCCACUACCAAUAAAAUUCUUUCGCGAUAUAAUUAUUAUGAUGGUAAUCGACAAAGGCAUUCCAAGUGGCUUAAAACACGUUCACGACGACCUUCAUGUUGUAAUAUGCAUAAGAUACAUAUGGAUUCUUUAAGAAAUAUCACACCUUUCACGAAAUCAUUAUUAGGAUUGGCUACCAUCUUUUUUCGCGGAUAUCCGUAAAAAUAGAAUAUUCGAGUGAUUUUAAUGAUUUAUCAAAAAUAAAUUCCUUAAUUUUCGGUACAUUUUAUUUUCAUUUUUAAACCGUUAUUAAUACAAUUAUAUUAUAAAGUAUGCAAUUUUAAUAUUUUAAUAUUUUUUUUGUAAUAUUGUACAUAUCUACGAAAUUGAUACUAUGGCUAUAAAAAUUGUGUAAAUGAAAUUGUAAUAAAUACAUAAUAAAUAUGUAAUUACUAUAAU